AUGGGCCUAACAGGGCUUGCUCGUUGGAUCAAUGCACCUCCAGAUGGUUUGCUAGCUAUUCGAAAAAAUAUUCAGGAAAACCACAAUGGUUUCCUUAAAGGUCCUUGGAACCUUGCUGUCAAGUCCUUCCGCUCCACGUUAAGUCAAACGCCCGGAAUCCAUCUGCCAUUGGAACGUACCAUGUUCACCUUGCAAAUGAACGAUAAUGUUUUCGUUCUCCUUGAGGAUCCUUUAGCUCCUACUCGUGCCGAUGUCGUGCAAGCGAUUGCUGACAAGACUGCCCCGCCAAACUUCCAUCCCACUCAUUAUCGGACCACAUUUUUGACUCUAAAUCCUCCUGGUGCACUUGAACAACUUCUAGCCCAGUUGAAAGCCCGCUGGGUCCCUGUUCGUCAGACAUCUACUAAUAAUGCACAACGAGGUCAGGCCUCUGGACACCAACUCCUUAUCGAAGGCCAAGUGUUCGGAAUAGGAUCAGACUGGCUUGUGCGAGCAGGUAUUGUGACAAUGACUGGAGGAGAAAUGAAGGGAAUGCUCCUUGAGGCUGAAUAUCUUCCACUGCCUGGAUUAAAUGUCGGCCCAGCAGCUGACGGAACCUCCGAACUUCUGUCCAACUUGCUGACCUCUGUUCUACCCAACGUUCCAGACGCAAAAACGGUUGCCGUGACAAUCAGUGAAGCCCAAUGGGAAGAUGUGCUCUGGGACCGGGAGGAGGACGAAAAAGCUCAAAAGGAAGUGGCACAAGCGAAGGAAAGAGAAAGCAAUGGCGAGAACGACGACAUUUUUGUCUACGGGCUUGAAGAUAUACCUAUUAAACGCAGAGGAGAUUGGACUGGUGUAGACAGAGAUCGACGUUCUGCGUUCUUAAUUAUUGGAGCUCUGAAAUCAGAAGGAAUUCUUUGA